AUGAGAAUCGUGCCCAGAGUAUGGAAGCGCCUCAUCCUCACUUUUCUCUGGUUUUUCCUGAUUAUGUUUCUAUUCUAUGUGGUCACCGUGGGCGCCCUGUUUUUCUGGUUGUUGAUAUAUGGAGUAGUUGGACUGAAGAAGGGGACCGUUUUCAUUGGGGUCCUUGGUAUUGUCAUCGUGGCUUUAGUUUUGCAUGUUUACAUCGUCAUGGUGUGGGAGCUUGCCAGUGUGGUGUGUGUGGUGGAGGAUAUACAGGGAUUGAAUGUGAUGAAGAAGAGCAAACAACUUAUGAAACGAAAGAGGGACACGGGGUUGACACUGUAUGUUUUGUACGUGAUGGUUAUGGGCGUUAUUGGUGGCGUUCAGAGCUAUUCAGUGUAUGGAAAGGGGGACCAACUGAUGAGCGUAGGAGUUAUCAUGACGGUGGUGUUGUUGCAGUGUGUUGUUGAUUUAGUAUGGCUGCUAACUCACGUCGUCCUUUACUUUGUCUGCAAAUCCUGUCACCGUGAGGAAAUAGAUAAGUUGGCUUUGUCCAAACAUUUAGAGAUGUAUAAUGGAGGCUAUGUGCUUCUCAAUGGUGGCCCUAUGCGGUUUGAGAUGUCUGGCCCAUAG